GGGGGGGGGGGGGGGGGGGGGGGGGGGGGGGUGGGGGGGAUGGGGGGGGGGGGGGGGGGGGGGGGGGGGGGGGGGGGGGGGGGGGGGUGGGGGGGGGGGGGGGGGGGGGGGGGGGGGGGGGGGGGGGGGGGGGGGGUGGGGGGGGGGGGGGGGGGGGAGGGGGGGGGGGGGGGGGGGGGGGGGGGGGGGGGGGGGGGGGGGGGGGGGGGUGGGGGGUGGGGGGGGGGGGGGGCG